AUGGAGAAUGGUGAUAGCAAGUGUUGGGAAAGCGAGCGUGUCGGGGAACAGCUCUCCACUACUUGGAUCCUGAAUAAUGCUAGAGGUCAGUCCAAUAUAUAUGUGAAAGUAGCGGUGGAGUAUUUCGGAUCCAAAGUACAUGUAAACAAACAUGAGGCACUGCGGACUAUGGGAAAACAUGUAAUAGUGCUGGCUACAAUUGGGGCUAGCAAGACAGGACAGGACACGGAUAGGACAAGUGCACGGGAAAAUAUCGGGUCCAAUGCGCGGGAAACGUCGGGUCCAUCAGUCAAAGCGUCGGGUCCAAUGCCAAAGCGUCGAAUUGAACGGGAAGUGAUUAUCGUGCAAUGGGCAUUAGACAUGAAUCGUGAAUCAGUUGAAUACGAGCCUAGCGCAAGCUCGAGUGCUACACCGCGCUCGGACUUUUGA